AUGGAUAUUGACAAAGGUGAAUCAUCAUACAAAGAAGACAACCCAGAUUUACCAAAUAGGCCACUUUAUAUUUCCGAAAACCACUCGGUACAUACAAAAAUAGAGCAUGAAGCUGAUAGUAAUAGUUAUGAGAACGAAAUACAUCAAAAGAUUGAAUAUUUAAGCUGUGGACAUAGAAUUUAUGGAAGUAAAUUGUGCAUUUUAUGUUUAACGAAUAUAAAUUUUGAAGAACCAAAAGAUAUGAGUUAUGGAGAGUGCCCGCGCUGUAAGCGUCAAAAUAAUGGUAACAAUUGGUGUGGUUCAUGCGCAAAAGAUAUUUAUAUUUCAACAUUACCGAAAGAAAUAUUAGACUAUAUUUCAAUAUUACCAAAAGAAGUACGAAGUAGUAUCAAAUAUUUCCAUGAGUUAAAUAUAUCCUCCACCAGUGUUUCUUCAUUCUUUGAGUUUAUCCCAUGGGUAAGAUUGCAAAAUAUAAAAUUUUUAGCCGAAGGCGGAAGUGGCAAAGUAUACACAGCAGAAUGGUUAAAUGGCGAAAUUGAAAACAUAAAUUUCAAUGAGGAUAUUGUUAAAAGAAAGGCCUCUUCUCAAUUUGUUGUACUGAAACCCGUGUCAACUAAUGAAUUCUUAUCUCAUUAUUCAGCUGCUAAAGAGGUUUCUCCAAAAAUUUUUGGAAUUACUUUCGAUGCUUCUGCAACGUUCAUAGUUAUGAAGUUAUUCAAAGAAAAUGUACGCACAUCAAUUACUCGAGAUUACUGGAAUUUAUUUUGGCUAGAAAGAAUGUGGCCUCCGAUUCCGGAAGAAAUACCGACCGCAUAUGUUGAUCUCAUUGUACGAUGCUGGAACCCGAAUCCAAAAAAACGGCCAAGUUCUGAAGAAGUGUCAAGAAUUUUAUUUGACUUAAGAUUGCUUAUAUUAUAUUACACCGAAAUUUUAAGUGAAUAUUUGAAUUCAAAGGAAGCUAUGGAUAACGAUAAUCUUUCUGAACGCAUACAUUCACCAAUUAUUUCUAACAUAAAACAGUCACAAGAUAUCGCUGAAUGUCAGUCAAAAUUAGAGGCAUUUCGAAAUAUGGUUAAAUUUUUUAAGGAUGACCUUAUUAGACUGAAAACACCAGCCCCAAAAAAUAUAGAACAACAUCCAGAAUCAUCAACUAGCAAAAUAUUUAACUUUUUAGAUGAUAUUAAUUUAUAUUUAAAUCCUUUAUCAACUUCAAAUAAUUUUAAUAUUGUAAAGAAUAGCGAAGAAUGGUUUAGAGCCCGAAUUCAAAUUAGUUGGGACGUUACAGAUCAAUCACCAGGUUUACUCGGUAGCCUUCGAAUUCAAAACAAGAAUACUGGUGAAUCAACUACCAUUAAUGAUCAACUUGAUCUAACACUUCGUAGACUUCAAUGGAAAGUUAGUGUUCAACCCGGUACAUAUGUUUUUGCUAUAAAUGAUGGUACUGGUGAAAAAUUUUCUGGAGAGUUUCAAGUUGCUCAGGGAACUCCCGUAGGUGGUGCUAAAGCUAGUGAUGCAACUAAAAAAGAUGAUAAUAAAAGUGUGAAUCAAGUAAAUAAUGGUAAAGCAAUAACAAAUGGAAAUUUGAAAUCUGUGGAUCAAAAAAGUUCAAUACCUUUUACACCUACAUUGUCGCAAGGCUCACAUAAAACACAAGCUCCUAUGAGUCCUGCUUCCACAAAUGUUGUUGCAUCGGCUCGUAAAUCUGAUGCUAUUAUGAUGAGUCCUAAAGCUGGAUUAUUUUUAAGCCUUGGAAUAAUC